AUGAGAAUGUGCAUAGAUUACCGAGAACUGAACAAGGUGACUAUAAAGAAUCGGUACCUAUUACCGAGGAUUGACGACUUGUUUGACCAACUUCAAGGGAAAAAGGUGUUUUCUAAGAUUGAUCUUCGUUCAGGAUACCAUCAGCUAAGAAUCAAAAAUGAAGACAUACCGAAGACAGCCUUCAGAACAAGAUACGGGCAUUACGAGUUCAUGGUGAUGUCAUUUGGACUUACAAAUGCCCCAGCAGCUUUUAUGGACCUCAUGAACCGAGUCUUCAAGGAAUAUCUGGAUCAGUUUGUCAUUGUAUUCAUAGAUGAUAUACUGAUUUAUUCUAAGACAGAGGAGGAACAUGAGGAGCACUUACGCUUGACCUUGCAACGACUGAGAGAACAUCAAUUGUAUGCCAAGUACAAAAAAUGUGAGUUCUGGUUGUCCGAGGUUGCAUUUUUGGGCCACAUUGUCACUAGCGGGGGAAUAAAAGUAGAUCCUGCCAAGGUUGCUGCAGUGAAAGAAUGGCCUAGACCAAAGAUCGCCUCAGAGGUAUACAAAGUCUGCUCAUUUUCUACCAGUACGCAUGACUUACUCCAUGGACCAUUUGCUGAACUUUAUGUGAAUGAGAUUUUGAGAUUACAUGGGGCGCCGUAUUCUAUUGUUUGUGAUCGAGAUGCUCGGUUUACUUCAUCUUUUUGGGGAAGCUUACAGAGAGCAAUGGGAACUCGAUUGAAGUUCAGUACUGCAUAUCAUCCAGAGACAGAUGGUCAGACUGAGAGAACAAAUCAGAUCUUGGAAGAUAUGUCUCCACUACAUUGGGAUGAGUUGGGAGAGAACAAACUCUUAGGGCCAGAUGCGGUUCAACACACCAACGAAGCUAUUCAGAGGAUCAGGGCUAGAAUGAUCACAGCUCAGAGCAGACAGAAAUCUUAUGCAGACCUGAAGCGGAGGGACAUUGAGUUCAAAGUGGGUGAUCAUGUGUUUCUUCGAGUGACACCACGAAAAGGACUCUCAGUGAAGAGAUUUGGCAAGAGAUGGAAACUAAGUCCCAGAUAUGUUGGUCCAUUUCAGAUAUUGGACAAAGUAGGCAGUGUAGCUUAUAGAAUAGCUUUACUGCCAUCAUUAUCUGGGGUGCACAAUGUAUUUCAUGUAUCCCAACUUCGAAAAUAUGUGUCAGACCCAUCACAUGUUUUGAGCUAUGAAACACUGGGUUUGCAGGAAGGUUUGUCCUACAAUGAACGUCCGGUAAAGAUUCUUGAUCAAAAGGAUAGGAUUUUGAGAAAUAAGACAAUUACCCUGGUGAAAGUCCUAUGGAGAAACAACGUGGUUGAGGAAGCUACCUGGGAGCUAGAGAAUAAUAAUAAUGAUGAAUGUUAA